AUGUGGUCUUCUAAUACAAAAAAAAAAGUUGAAGUAUCUCGAGAAUGGGCUGAAGCAAUAUCUGAUGAGAGACAAAAACCAACACCUUUUAUAGUAGUAUCAAUGGAUCAAAGUCAUGUUAGAAAUUUGGCUGCUUUUUUCGAAAUUCUAAGCUAUAAAAAGAAAUGUGAAAUUUUAAACUCGGAGGCAAGAUUAACCAGGCAGCAUCCUCGAUUAAUUGAGCACAAGUUAUUUUAUAAUAGAUCUUGGAUUUCUUCUGUUGUAACAACACCACGCAAUAUACGCUGUUCUGGAGGUAGUUUGGAAGAAAAUGAGUUUCUCUUUCCACACAGAGCUUAUGAAGAUAACUGA